UAGGCACAGCAUACUCCCGGGCUGCACACACAGUACAGCACGGCUCCAUGGUGCUGUUUAUGCCCGGCUGACUAUGUGCCCACACUGACACCGUUCACCAUUCCUCCAGGUGGCACACAAUUCCUCCAGACACCAUGCCGGGCAGCGACACGGGAAUAGCCGUGGACAGGACUUACUCCGAUCCCGAGAGACACCAGAGGACCAAGACCAGGGUGGACAGGUCUGAUAUGAACACACUCAGCUUGCCUCUAAACAUCAGACGUGGAGGAUCGGAUACCAACCUUAACUUCGAUAUACCUGAUGGUAUCUUAGACUUUCACAAAGUCAAACUCUCUACUGACAGCCUAAAGCAGAAAAUUCUGAAAGUAACCGAGCAGAUUAAAAUUGAACAAAGUGCCCGUGAUGGCAAUGUGGCAGAGUACUUGAAACUGGUAAACAGUGCAGAUAAACAGCAGGCAAGUCGAAUUAAACAAGUGUUUGAAAAGAAGAACCAGAAAUCUGCUCACUCGAUAGCACAGCUGCAGAAAAAACUAGAACAAUAUCAUAAAAAGUUAAAGGAACUAGAGCAAAAUGGCUCCACCACCAAAAGUACCAAGGAUAUUUCCAAAGAUAACUUGAAAGACCUUCAACAUUCACUAAAAGAUGUCUCCAGCACUUCUCGGCCUGCUGCACCAGUGGAAUCUUUAAAAAUGGGUAUGCCGGGGGUAUCCUUGACUCCGCCAAUGUUUGUUUUUAACAAAUCAAGGGAGUUUGCAAACCUUAUUAAAAAUAAGUUUGGAAGUGCCGAUAACAUCGCUCAUCUUAAGAAUUCCCUUGAUGACUUUCACUCAGAAACCAGUUCCCGGAAUUUGAGUGGUAGUGCCACAAUAAUGACAAAACCAAAGUAUGUCAGCGAUGAUGAGUGUUCGAGUGGGACAUCUGGCUCUGCAGACAGCAAUGGAAACCAGCCAUUUGAUGCUGGGCGGACAAAUACUAAUGACAGUCAACAUCUUGCCGUCUUUCUAGAUGAACUGAGAGAAAUAAGAGAAGCUCAGUCUCAGCUGGUAGAAGACAUUGAGACCCUUAAAUUACAAUUUAAAAGAGAGUAUGCCCUUAUUUCACAAACAUUACAUGAUGAAAGAUACAGGUUUGAAAGGCUUGAGGACCAACUGAAUGACCUGACUGACCUUCAUCAGCAUGAGACCACCAACUUGAAGCAGGAUUUGGCCAGCAUUGAAGAAAAGGUUGCCUACCAGGCUUAUGAAAGGUCUAGGGAUAUGCAGGAAGCUUUGGAAACCUGUCAGACGCGUGUUUCUAAACUGGAGCUUCACCAGCAGGAACAAUUAUCUGUACAGUCUGAAGCUGUGAACGCCAAAGUACUCUUGGGCAAAUGCAUAAACAUUCUCUUGGCCUUAAUCACUGUUAUCCUGGUUUUUGUGUCAACUAUUGCAAAGUUCACAGCUCCAAUGAUGAAGAGUCGUCUCCACAUAUUUUGCACUUUUUUUGCAGUGACAUUGUUUGCCAUUCUUUAUAAAAACUGGGACCACUUAUUAUGUGCCCUUGAACAGGACUGUUACGGAAGGUGAGUCUUGUAUUGGAAAUGGGAAUGGUCUUGUCUAUUCCCCACGUCUGGACUGUUGAAGUGUUGUCUGGACAUUCAUGGCCUACCAAAGUUGUUCUUGCUUCAUGACGAUAUUCAUAAUUUGGAUCUAAACAUUCUUAUCGGACUCAAUGGCAAACCUAAUGGAUCUUGAUGUAAAUAUGAUUGUGUUCUCUUAAAUUGUUUGGCGUUUAGAUUUUUGUUUACCUGUUGAAUGAACACACAGGUUACAUACAAAAACAUGCAAAUUGUUUUCCUAGUAAUGUUGCUGGGUGGAUCAUGUAGUAAUUUUUUUAAUUCAUGAUUUUGUUUUUUUACAUUGAGGUUCCAGUAAAGGGGUUAGGCCAUCUUCGUAGAUUUGCCACAGUUAUGUCUGUUAAUAUGAUUUCUAUAAGGUAAAAUGUAAGAUAAAUGAUCAGUGGGCCUGAAUAUCCCCAAAAUGUAUACACCAUAAAGCAACUGAAAAGGUUUUGUACAGGGACCUUCACAAGAGAAUACAUUGAAAUCAAGAACAUUUGCAGUUGGGGGGGGGGGGGGGGUUGCUUAUGCCAAACCGGUUUUUGACAACAUGCUUAACAAUGUUUUCCAUCUAUUGUUUAUAGAACACAUACUAUUCCCUUCAUUCAUGGAAAGGUUUAGUCACACAUGGCAGAUUUGUGGCAGCAGUUCCUGCAACUGUCCCAUUUAGGGUAGGGUCCCGCGUAGCGUAUACACAGCAUAUUUAUUUCAUACUGCGCCAAAUCUACUGCAUAUUCUUCUAUGAUCAGACACACAGGGCUUCUUGUGGCAGUUGUGUUUGUGUGUGUUUGUGUCUGUUUGUGUCGUUUGGAUGAGGGUCUGCAUUACAGGCACGCGGGCUCACCACCAAACCUCGAUGCACACACAAGACUGCCGCCGGGCAGCCCUGCAUGUCUGCUCAUAGGAGAAUACGCAGUGGAUUUUGUGCUGAUUGAAAUAUGCUGCAUGUGACCCUACCCAUAGAUAUAAAAGGCUUUCAAAAAUCUGUGCUUGCCCCUGCAACAACCCAGUUCACAGGGACAAAACUACAAGGUGGGAGUAUGCCCUAAUUGACAUAAUAGAAUCACAUUUUAACUUAAACUUUUAUUACAUUGGAAAACAAUUAGUUACUGGGAUCACCUACUCAGAUUUUUAAGCUUUUGUACAACUGCAACAUGCACUUAUAGGAAAGUUUCACACUAGCACCUAAGAUGUGCAUUUUUGUGUUUAUUACAGAAGCAAGUCCUGCCGCUGGGAACCCCUGCAAUCUCUCUUGCAGCACCCCCUGUCAUCUUGUGCUCGGAAGGGAACUUCACUCUGUGCCUGAUGACUGGCGAUACGGGGGCCCGGAGGAUCGUCACUGCCCUGCCCCCUCGUGAUGUCAUGCCCCGCCCCCUCAAUGCAAGUCUAUGGGAGGGGGCGUCGCAGCCGUCACGCUCCCUUCCAUGGGCUUGCAUUGAGGGGGCUUGGCGUCACGAUCCUCAGGCCCCUGUAUCGUCACUCAUCAGGCACAGAGCCAAUUUUGCUCUGUGCAUAAGAUGACAGGGGGCGCUGCAAGAGAUAUCACGGGGGUUCCAAGCGGCGGGACCCCAGCGAUCAGACAUCCUAUCCCCUAUCCUUUGGAUAGGGGAUAAGAUGUCUAGGGGCGGAGUACCCCUUUAAGUUACCAAGAAGUCAGGAACACAGGGUUUAUUAUAGAUCUGCAUGGCAGAAUUUUUUAAUCAAGACUAUCUGCAGUUGUUCGGUUUUCUUAUGUAAGACCAAUAAAGAACUUGACCAAUAACAUUAGUUACGAAGAUAUGUUAAUGCAUGUAUAUAAAUGCAUGUAUGUAUAUAGCACACCUAACAUGCUAAUGCUAACUGAAUUAGAUAAUGACUAAAUAGAACAGGUGAGAAAUGGUUUGUGAUCAUGAAUUUAUGUUUGUCAAGUAUGCUUGUGGAUCUGUGUUCAAAUUGCUUUUUUUUCUGGGAUUUAUGUUUCCCAUACUAAACCUGUUUACACUUAAAAUAUGCACUGCUGCUGCUUGGCCUCUUCAUGUCACAUAGGAGGAUUUGCAUUACAUUUAUUUGCACAAUUUAAAUUUUCAUUGGAAGCCACUUAUUGCACAUUUCUAAACUGUGAACAGAGUGGUUUAAUUGUGCAAUAACUUAUGCAAAAUAAGAGUGUAUUUUCUGCAUUCUCUAUUUUGAUACAAUGUAUAUAGAGAAAAUAGUUUUAUCAGAAUUAUAUGGCAAACUAGAUACGGAGGUGUGCAAUGGAACCCAGAUAUAGAGGUUAGAUAUAUUCUUAGGUAAAUACAGACUAUGAAAAGUGACAAUUGGCCAGUGUGCAAAAGUAUUCUUUUCCAAUUUUUAAGACCAUGUUCACACGUCCGAAAUUUUGCAGAAAGGACGAACCUUCCAUUCCUUCUGUGGAAUCCACAGGGAAUGCUUUCCCGUGCGGUCCUAGUGCCGGUAUGUGAUGCUGGCACCUGCAGUCUGUGUAAUGUCCGCACAGAGAUUUUCUGUGCGGAUAUUUGGGACAUGUGAACAUGAACCCUACAGCAGGAACGUCUUUGAAGAUAACUGUAACAGCUUGACUUUUCUGUGUCUGAUUCUUUAGUAUUGCACAUGCAGACUAUUGUCACUCUUCUGCAGAUGACUUCUGUAACUAGUGAUAGGUUAUCUUAUGGUUAGUAAUACCCCAUUUACAAGCAUGCAUGCAUGGGUAUAAAUUCUUAUUUUUUCAUAAAUGGUAACAUUACUGCUGUGCAGGCUGCUAAGUGAUUCUUCACCUAUAUUUUCAGUUUAGUUCUGCUCCCAUAAUAAACUUCAGUUACCUCUACUGUGUUGUCAGUAAAGUUGUACUGAAUCUAAAGCUACUGACAGCUAUGCUGACAAAGUCAGGUUUGCACAUUUUUACAUGUGACUUCAGGAAACACCUUUAAGACAAAUAAAUGAAGGUCAUUUAUUGCCUUCUUUUGUUACCACUUUUCUACUGAGGAGUUAUGUAUUGCAGGUUUAGAAACUCAAUAUACAAUAUAUGUGUCCACAACGUCCUAAAACCCCUGGAUCAUUAGGACAUGUUAAAGGGGUACUCCCAUGGAAAACUUUAUUUUUUUUUUUAUUUUUUUUUUUAUCAACUGGUGCCAGAAAGUGAAAUAGAUUUGUAAAUUAC